AUGACAAGACGGGAGUCGGAUAAGAACAGACCGUUAAGUAAUCGGCUUUGGAGGGGUGCUGCGGCCGUGGGUAGGCGUGUGCCUGACGCUGCUGCUGGUUGGAGCGCUGGCUACCGGGCUGGCAUUGGCACUCUCCGCUGGCGGGGAGGACGUCCAACCCGAGGUCCGGAUCCAGGCAAUCAGGAGGAUACUCCACGAGGUACCGCUCAUAGACGGAGUGCGGGAUUGAGCACGUGCAUUGUGGACAUAUCCAAUCACGUAUUUGAGGAGAAUGUCAACAGUUGCUAUUUGUCGAAGAGAUUAGCCCCUCCUCCCGUUCCUCUCCCCACAGCGAGGCAGAAUGCGGCGUUAAAUCUAAAUGAUAAGGUGGCAUCAGUAUGCAUGAGCUGUCGUGGUCGGGUCGUUGUGCUAGGGCAAGCUGGAAUUGAAAACGUCUGCCGGUUCGUCACAUAUCUAGUUAUGUCGCCUAUCCCUGUAUCGUUUUAUUUUAGAAUAGGUUAUUUUACUCAUUUCUCAUGA